AUGAAAGUCUCCGGAACUUUGCGUCAGUACCGGAUCAUCGGUCGUCAUGUGCCGGACAAAGCGAACCCAUCGCCACCGCUGUAUCGGAUGACGAUCUUCGCACCCGACCAUAUUGUGGCCAAAUCGCGCUUUUGGUACUUCACCCGAAAGCUAAGGAAAGUGAAGAAAGCAAACGGAGAGAUCGUUGAGGUGAAGGAAGUCCAGGAGAACAGACCCGCCGAUAAGGUGAAGAACUACGGCGUUUGGCUCCGCUAUAACUCCCGCACCGGCACUCACAACAUGUACAGAGAGUAUCGCGACAUCUCUGUGGCCAACGCCGUCACCUCUUGCUGUACGUUAUGA